UUUCGACAAAAGUCGGCCACCAUAUCCAGAUUUCACAGCUCACUAUUAUCGGCUUCUCGUUUUCAGUCAGAACGCCCAGAACCGUUUGAAAGGACAUCCCGCAGCCCGCAUCAAUACACUAGAAUCAAGACGAACGACAUGGCCGCACUCGGCGAACAACGACCUCGCUUCGGACCGCAAGGCAGCCGCAUGCGUCGCUCGCAAUCCAACCCAGCCUUCGUGCAAGAGCAAGCCGACACGUUCACCGGGUUCUUGUGGAAACACUCUCGCACGCAUCCCAGCCGAUGGAUGCGCAGGCACUUCCGCUUCGAAAACAACUACCUAUCCUACCACCACUCAGCGGCCGUUAACUCGCCACCACGCUUCGUCAUCCAUGCAUCGGCCAUCGACCGGGUUGUGGCGAGGGGAGCGCCCGCUUCGGGGAUAGGAGGCCAUGUGUUUGAUAUCUUCUUCAAAGACGGCAGCCCCGCCAUUGAGGUGGCCGCUAUCACCAAGCCAAAGAUGGAGCAAUGCGUCACUGUGCUGGUGCGGGGUAUAGCGUCGAAAAAAGACGCAAAAGAGACGCUGACCGUAGAGGUUGCCGCCACGGAGGCGGUCGCUGACCGACCGCUGUCCUUCCACUCGGCCCCGCCCCGCGCUGUACCACUCUUAUGGCCAUUUCCGGACGUUCCGCUGGACCCACCUGCGUCGCGUCGGAAAUCAGACGCUGAAAAGGGUACAUCCAAGUUUGAUGGCCAACUACCUGCUCUCCCGAAACUUCCGUCGCUCGCAGAGCUUAUGGCUCGCGUUGACCAGGCGGUGGCGGACAUACCGCGGACCACGAUCGACUUUGUGGCUGAUGAGAAAAAUGACAGGGAGCCUCAGACUGGGGAAGCAUCUGAGCAGAGAGGGUUGGAAGAGGGAGAAGCCGAGCAAACAGGGUUGAAAACGCCGGUGCAAAAGUCCAGUCUGAAAAUGCCAACGUGGUCGAACAGCACGGGCGGAGCGACCGCGAUUUCCAACGCCGCGGCGAAAAAUGGGGGAUCACAGGAAAACCUCACAGGAUACCAGCCUCUGCCAGGUCGAGUGCUGCAGCAAUUCCAGCGGUCAAAAUCCAUCACCUCGAAACCAAACACAAAAGCGAGCACCACCACCGCACCCACGAUCGCAACACUUCCAUCUCGGGGAGGAUCGUCGACGACGGGGCAAAAGGAGCGGAGGAACGCUGCUCUGUUCCCCAGUUACUCAACCUCGGAUCUGUACACACCCGACCCAAUGCUCACUUCAUCAUCGGGGCCUCACCCAUCGGGACCUCGCCCAUCGGCUUUGCAUAGUACGGAAACGCUUGAUGCGUUGAUGCAGGCUUUGCGCAAUGAGCCUAAGUUUGUAGGCAACCCGCGUCGGUACGGCAUGCUGCCACCGCGGGUGGCGAAUCUGUUAAAGGAUUUGCCACCACUACCAAAGGGGGCGGAGGAGACGGUGAAGGCAUACAAGGCACCGGUCCGUCCCGUUUCAUCCGUCCCAGGCACCGAAACCGACUUCAACGACAAUCUUGCAACGAUCAUGUCCGACACCUCUACACCCACCACCGAACAAACCCACCGUCACCGCAAAUCCGUCGACAGCGCCCGGACCAUCAUCCGCCCCGCCCCCAUCGAAGUCGCCGCCGAUCACACCCUCCCAACAGCCAACCUCUCCCCACUCUCCCCCAGCCGCGACCUCCUCCGCACCCCCGUCGCCGAGUCCCCGCUCGCAACCGGUCUCGAUCCCGCCCGCACGACCUCACCCGCCACACGACAGGCCGUGCUGCUGAAAGUGAUCAACAUCCUCCGUCACGGCGACGCGUUGCAUGAGCGGCUAAAUCAGGAAGAGGAGAAAUUGAUGGAGGCCGUGGACCAGUUUGGGAAAGGCGGGAACGCGACGUCGGGGAAGGCGACCGAGCUGGCGGCGAGGACGAAGGCAAGGCGGAAGGCGUUGGAUGAGUUUCGGAUUGCGGUCGAGGAUUUGGGUCGAAAGACUAGGGGUUACAUCCGUAAGUUGCCUUUGGGUACCGGUGGUGGUGAUGAGGGGGCGAAGGAGGAUAAGACCUUAUCGAUUGCGAGUGAUGCAUCGAUUUCAAACGCUGCGAUUGAUUUGGUGGAGAGUGUAGAGGUGACCAUCAUGAAGCUCGCGCAGUUGAAAGAGAUCUUUGGGCCUUUAAUGUGAGGCUCUCAACUUCGCUCAUCCUUGGAGCGAUGGAUCCUUUCUCGACUUAUAAUGCGAGGACGCAGAUAGGCGCAGUUAGAGUAGGCCUUUUGCAAACUUGUGUUUCGAGAAAACUCGUAAUUGAUAGAAUGAUACCUGGUGUGUUUGAUCCA